AUGUUUGAAAGUGUCCUUUUUAUAUUUUGGCGACUGGUGGAGAUCACCUUUUUGAUUCCCAUUAUUGGCAUGUUGGCAUACUUUGUCAAUGGCUUCCUCAACAGUAACCAGCUUACGCCAGCCUACAUCCUGGUACUCUUCAUUGUCAGCGUGAUCGCGGUCUUCUGGUGCUUGGAUACGCUGAUCCGCUUCCGCACCACCAAGCGGUCAGCUGCCUUUGUCGCUUUUGUGGACCUCUGCUUCUUCGGCGCCUUGAUUGCUGGCGUUUACGAGCUUCGCUUCAUCGCGGGGGCAGACUGCACGGAUUGGAAUGGCGGUUCUGUCCGGGUGUCCCUGGGUCCGUUUGGAUCCCUCGACUACCAAACUGACCACUUCACUGUGGACAUCAACAAGACAUGCGCCAUGCUGAAGGCUUCUUUUGCCAUGGGAAUCAUGGAGGUCGUCUUCUUCUUUUUCACGGCCUUCUUUGCGCACUUGAUCUUCCGGAAUCACCAGGAUGACGUGACAAACGGGAUCAGCUCCGCGAGCGAAUGGACAUGCAACCAGAAAGAUGACUACAGUGCCACUUGA